GCUUACAUAACUUCUGGAGCAGAAACGGGAAUUUAGAUGCUUUUGCCGUCUGGUGAGUGCUGCGGACAUCCCUUGUUGGUGGGUUCUCCACGGCUCGGUGGACCACAGUCAGUCCAGCUCCUAGUGGGUUCCUCAUUUUUUUUCGUCUCCAAAUCUGUACUCUCCAAGCAAUACUGAAGGAGAAUGGUGGGUUUGGUGCUAUUAUCAUCAGCUAUGCUGUUGCUGCUGGGAUGGAAACACUAUGAAGACUGAAAGAAAGGUCAGCUACAACAUGUCUCUACUGCAAGACUCCACAAUGAAAACAACAACCCACAGUUGCUUCUUACUGGUCAUCCUUCUAAUUAAAAUGGUUCCAACUCUUUCUUCUACCGUAAAUUAUACUGAUCCUACAUUAGAGCCUGUAGUAACUGAAAAUUCAAUCAUACGACAGAAGAUAAUAGAUUCACAGUUCAAAUGCUAUGAGAGGAUGAACAGAGCUCCUCCGUAUAAGAAAAAAGGUCUGUUCUGCAACCGAACCUGGGAUGGCUGGUUGUGCUGGGACGACACACCUGCUGGAAGAAUCACUGCUCAGAAUUGUCCAGAUUAUUUUCCAGAUUUUGAUCCAACUGAGAGGGCUUCAAAAUAUUGUGAUGAAACUGGAAAUUGGUUCCGCCAUCCUGAGAGCAAUCGAACUUGGUCCAACUAUACUCUGUGCAACUCUUUCACCUCUGAAAAGCUGAAGAUGGCGUUUAUACUUUAUUAUAUGGCGAUCGUUGGCCAUGCUUUGUCGAUAGCAUCCCUGUUGAUUUCCUUGGCAAUUUUCUUCUACUUCAAGAGCCUCAGCUGUCAAAGGAUAACACUGCAUAAGAACUUGUUUUUUUCUUAUGUGCUGAACUCCAUGUUUACAAUUGCCCACCUCAUUGCUGUUGUGCCUAACCCAGGUCUUGUAAAAAGAGAUCCUAUCCUUCAAAGGAUCGGGUGCUCCCCCUGGCAGCAGGUCACCCCAGGAAAGGCAGCGAGGCAAAGUCUGAGUGCAUGUAGAGAGUUAAAACACCCACAGACAUUUAAGGUAAGCUGCAAAGUGCUGCAAUUCUUUCACCAGUACAUGCUGGGCUGCAACUACUUCUGGAUGCUCUGCGAAGGCAUCUAUCUUCACACAUUGAUUGUGGUGGCAGUGUUUGCUGAAGAGCAGCGUUUACACUGGUAUUACCUCUUGGGCUGGGGAUUCCCUGUAGUGCCAGCAUCUAUUCAUGCUGUUGCAAGAGCCAAAUACUUCAAUGACAACUGCUGGAUGAGUGUUGACACGCACUUGCUCUAUAUUGUUCAUGGACCUGUAAUGGCAGCUUUAUUGGUCAAUUUUUUCUUUUUGCUUAACAUUGUUCGAGUUCUGGUGACAAAGCUAAGAGAUACCCACCGUGCUGAGUCCAACAUGUAUAUGAAAGCUGUCAGAGCCACUUUAAUCCUGGUGCCCUUACUAGGAAUUCAGUUUGUUAUUAUUCCCUGGAGACCAGAAAACCGACUUGCUGGAGAAAUAUAUGAUUACAUCAUGCAUAUAUUAAUGCAUUACCAGGGCUUGCUUGUGGCAACUAUAUUCUGCUUCUUCAACGGUGAGGUGCAAGGAGCUCUGAAAAGGCAAUGGACACAGUACAAAACCCAAUGGGGCCAAAGGCGCCGAGAGCACUGUUCCACGCGAUCUACCUCCUACACUGCAACAUCAAUCACAGAGGUCCCUGUUUAUCUGUACCAUCAUGAUUCCAACAAUGAACAGUUAAAUGGAAGAUACGUAGAGGAUUCUGAACUUGUUGCAUUAAAAUCUGGAGAGACAUCUGCCUAGCUCACCACCAGCCAUUGCAAACACAUAAUUUCAUAUUCUGUUUGUGAACAAAGUUAGGAGAAGAAUGGAAGGGUGGAAAUCCAAGCCAUUGCAGGAAAAGGCAAGACCAUCUGAAAGAACACAUCAUAUUCGAACCACAUCAGCCAUCGAUAGCAAUGUUGUAGAGGGAGUCUGACACACAGUUGGGAAUAUAGUUUCUUCCUGUGUGCUGCAGCAGGAAGUGAUCAUGGACCUGCCCACCAGACCAUGCCAUCUCCACAUCUUCUGAUACCGGACAUAUGAAGUGACCAUUCGACUGUAGCAACAAUGUCAUUAACAUUGUAGUAACAAUGCUUUUGGAAGGUUUCUUUAACACUAGAUUUUGAACUAAAUUCCACAAGAUGUAACUGGCUUGGAAUCCUUUACUUUUCCCCUUUUAAUGAGCUUGAUGGCUUCUUAAAAGAUUUUGCACAUUGCCAGACAAAUCAAACAGAUGAACAGAAAAAGAAUCACUCCAAACUAUUCAAAUUUUCCUGCCCCAAAAUAUUACUAUCCCCCAAAAAUGCCACAAAAUAUUACCAUCCCAUUAGCAGCUGCAUAAAAAUGAAGGUGAAAUAGCCAUUGCAUACUAAAAUCGUGGAAACCCUCAGGAAUAGAGAUUGGUUCUUUAGGCUGCCUCAAACAAAUCCUAAAGUCAUCUUAAAAUAGAUUUUGUUUAACAAUACUGGUAGUUCAAGAAUAUUUAUUUAUAGGAAAAAAAUGUCACCCUACUACUCUGUCCAGAAACUCAUUAUUAAGACAUAAUCCUUUCACUCUGAAUAAACUGUGAAAUUUGUUUGGAAAUUAUGAUUUUUGUUUAAUAGCCAUUCUGAGAUGAAUGCUAGUUGAAUGCUUGUCUCUGUUAUAAAAUUAUGAUCAUGGCAGUAAAGGAUCCCAGGUAAGAAAUGAGAAACCAAUAUCUCAGCACAAGAAGCAUCUAUUUUUAGAAUCUGGUUGCUGCUCUGAGUCCAUAAUUGUUGAAGGUGACGUUUUCAUGUGUGAGUCUGUAAUCAGGAAAACAAGAUGAAUGUACAGUUUUGUAAGUAAUAAGCACCUUUUAUCACACAUUCAAAGCAUCAUUAGAGUCUCUGUGUGAUUACUGAGGCAAAAAUCAGGGCAAGGAGAAGUUGAUUUGCAGUUAGAAGUUACAGUACUGUCACUGCAAAAGUUCUGUAAAUCACAAAAGAAAUAGACUAGAAUAAUUUCCCACAUGAAACUAAUUGUAAAAAAUCUGCAAGCAACAAGGCCAGUGCCAAGGAGGUUUUGCAGGGCUGUGAUUCCUAUGGAGCUUUAUGCAUAAAAUGUCGAAUUAAUAUAAUGCUGUUCCUUCUUACAUCUCUCUGAAAAACUGUCUUACAGGUUUCCCACUCCUCUACCUUUGCCUGAAAUGUGCAUGGGAUAUUUCAAAUGCUAACAACUUCAAUAUAUCCAUCAUAGUCUUUAACUUUGAAAGAAGCUGGAAAGUUGUCAGGUCCCCUUUGUUUUCCCUGCUGGUACACUUGCCUUUGAUACAUCAACCCAGCCCAAGCAGGAAGUCAUGGUUACAGGAGGAGACAGGUGCAAGUGACAGUAGUGACACUUGCUCGUCUUGAAUGUCUAAAUACAAACCCUGACCUGGGAGCUGUAAAAAAUACUGCCCUACAUGGCAGGUGAAUGGAGAGAGGCAUAACACUAUCUUUUACACUGCAGUUGCAUUCAUGUGGGACUUCUGCUGCUGAUGUAGAGGUUCCUCCUUUCUUUCAUUUGCUUGCUGCAGUUCCAUCCAUAAUGAUUUUUCUCCUUAGCACUGCAUAAAGAACAUAAAAUAACAUGGGUUAGCAUAGCCUUAAAUACAGAUCUUGUCAGACAGUAAAAGUAAAGAGGAAAAUUAAAAUGAAACACUUGGGGUAAACAUCAAUUCUUUUGAAGUUACUUUGGAGCUUACAGAUAGAGGCCUUAAUUCUAAAACACACAUUAGAGAGUCACAUAGGAAGACAUAAUAAACUAGUCCUGAUAAUCUACUUCAGAUUCUAUUGAAAUCAGCAGGCAAAUCCCUGUUGGCUUAGAUGAGCAGAGAAAUACUCUUCAGUGUGCCGGAAUGACUCAUGCAAUGCAGCUCAAAACCUUGAAAAGAGGAGGCAAUUUUGUCCUUAGCAAUUUGAAGACAUUUUAAAAUAUUGUGUUCAUCCAGGCUCAGUUUUUCCUUCACUGACACAGCUAGACCCUAAGCUUCACCCUUCAUUUGUAAAUUAUAAAUGGAGGUCUGUGAACACCUCUGCCUACAUGAGACACCAUCUCUCUGGAAAAGUCCCUUCCAGGAAUGAGCUAGUGAGGGAUAGGCAUAAACCCAGCACUAUGAGAGGAGGCCGAAUCCCCACGUUUCAUAUCCAAGGCAAUGCCUUGCAGGGAAGGGGUUUGCUCCGUUUGUGACACCAGCACACAUGCGUAGACUCUGUGUAUUACUGAACUUUCCUCCCUGUUGGGAAGAGUAAGCUGCCAGUCCUGCCACCAUAGAACAAGAGAGAGGAGCUGGGGAACAAGAACUUACUGUCUACCAACAGUGCAGAUUAUUGCGUGGUUAACCCAGUGGAACAUUUACAAGAAAAUGCAGUUGUGUAAUGUUUUUAAGCCACAUACCUAUUUUUCAGACUUCAAGGUCUAUGAAGGCAGUUAUUUUUUUGAAACACAGUAUUUCACGUAUUAUUAUUUCUACUUUUACCAGUGAACAGUAGGAAGCGGAGAUUUUAGUCAUUAGAGACAAUAAAGUGGCUCUGCUGUAAAUGUUGUAUUUCUGAAUGGCAUCGGGGCACACUGCACUUCCCAGGAGUGUUCCAGAAGGCAUUCCUACUUUCUAAAGACACAAAUGAGCUGAUUGUAAAAGAUGUAUGCAUAAUACAGGGAGUUUAAUAACGAACAUGUUGGUUUUAAUAAUGUACCUGUUUACAAUACGUAAGUGCAAGUUGUUUCGCAUUCUGUUAUGUUCAUAUGGAUAUACAAAAUGGAAAAGGUUUGCCAUUGUAGUGGUUGUUUUGUUUCUUAACUACUGACAUUUUCUUGCUCUGUUCAGUAGAAUGCUCUGAAAAACCAAAUUUGGGAUCUGGGGCUUAGGACCUUGAUUUGAGCCUCAGGUGUUGAAAAAAACUGCAUUGUUACGUCAGUCUUUAUGUCAGCUUUGCUUUCAGUGGAGGGAUGAUGAUUUGUAGCCUAAGCUUUGCAGGAAAGGCUGUGUUUUAGAGAUACUUACUGAGUCAUUUUUAAUCAAAAUAUUUUCCGAUGGAAAAAUGCUAUUUUUCUUCAUCUCAAGAUGGUUUGAAAUGUUGCAUUGUGCACAUAAGGCAGAUUUCAUUUCUCUGCUUUAUAAACAGUAGCAUACACUAGUAAUAUCAAUAUUGGGAAUGCUGAUGUGACUUCAAUAAUUACAAUGCCUUGGCAGUAGGUGUUUCAUCUCUAAUACAUUUCACAGGAACAGCAGAUAUGUAUAAUUAAUGUAUCGGUGCUUCAAAAAGUAGGAAAGAAGCUGACACUUGAAUCAGUUAAUUUAAGGUGUAUUUUAAGAGGAAACCAACCUUACAUUAAUCACCUCUGCAAUCUGUUUCCUCUCAGACACCACACCCAACACAUGAAACCCAGUUUAAUGAACAUCUCUUCUGGCAGAAGUGUUUGCAUGGUUGCUUUGUCUGAGCAGCUGAAUCUAUGCUUUGUUUGAGCAGCUGAAUCUAUCAGGAAGAUACUUGUCGUUAUUCUUUACUAGGUACAGAAAUACAACAUGAAUUAAAGACUUGUGGCAUGGGAUGCAUGAGGGCAUGGUGAUGUUAGUUUGCAUAAAUAUGGACAAGGGGACACUGCUCCUUUCCUCAUCUGCCUUGCAUUUCUUUCCACCUCAGUAUUGCCACUACAAGAAGUGUUUACUCUCCAAUCUGUGCAUCCUACAAGUUUUCAGGACAAGCAUUUCUCCUUUACAGUUUGCACCUUAUGUUCACUUGCUGUUCAUCCAGGAUGCACUCACCACGGGGUUGGAAAGUAUGCAUUUUAAUCCAAAUAAGUUGAAUGCAGGUGCUUGGUCCAUGUUGCUUUUCUAAUAAAAAACAAUGGAAUUACGGAAACGGUAGGUGCAGAUAUAAAAAGAAUAGAAGUCUGAGCAUGUAAAUCAAGUAUCUUUAGGAAGAGAAUAAUUUUACCAAGUUCAGGCCCACUAUAAAUGAACAGCAAACAGUUGAAAUUAAAAAGUUUUGCUUAUUGAAUUAUAUUAUACUACAGGCUUUGUUAUUUUAUGAGCUCUUUUAUUGUCUUUUGGUAUAUAGCAAAUAUUUAACUCCAAAGGACUUAGCCUCUGUGCUCACAAUUGUCUUUCCAGCAGCAGAAGAGAGGUGCCCCUCGAGCAGAGGCUGUAUCUUUGCACCAGCAGUGAUCAGCACCUUCACACAAUUAUGGUAUGAGUAUGUCCAGCACAAAGUUGACACAAUCCAUACUGCAACCUUCAUUUUCAGAAGGAGGGAGUGCAAGGAGUUUUCAUUUUAUUCCCCUGCUGUAAAAUUUCUCUUUGAUGAGAGAAUCCUUGGGAAAUGAGAGUUAGUAAGUAUGUGGAAGGAUAACAGGUCACUUCAGCUGUACCAUCACCCACACAGGUACCGCCACAUACAUGAUGAACAGUUUGUUGUGAUUUGUCGAGUUUGGAAAAAUGUCAAGAAAGAACCAGAGUGUGUUUCUCCUUUCUAGCUAUAGACCAAGUAGGAAUAACUUGGCAACAACUUCUUCUGUGUAUCAGGAUAUCAUGAAAAAAGGUCUCUGCUUUUCAGCCAUUUGUAUUAUAUUGCAGAAGUACUAACACUCUUGAGCACAGAAUAUUACAUCAGUUACCAACAAUGCACUUCAGCAAACAAAAUAAAUGUAAUUAGGACAAAGAAACGUAAUAAAUAUAUUUUAUGUUUAGCAUAUACAAUCUCUGUAAAUUAGCAACAGACCUUAGGGAAUCAAAACACAUACAAUAAAACCUGGAUGUAUUUUUAAAAAUUCCCUGUAUGUAUAAAAAGUUUUUCAGUUUGAGUUUUUUUUAAAAAAAAAUCAUAUCUAGAUAGAAUAUUACUGUACUUUCAUGACAGGAAAGUUUUAUACAAUCAAGUUUUAUUAGAUUAUGCUUGAAAUGCGUGGUUCACAAAAUUGAAAAGGCUUGAAAACAUUGCAAGACUUUUCAUGUUGGUGUAUCUGAGGGACUGUCUGUAAGCCACAAAUUCAUUGUUUAUGGCUGAUAGGAAUGAAAACACAGUUCUAAUUGAACUAUCCCUUUGUUUUUAUAUAAGCCAAAAAAUUGAUUGUCUACUUCAGCAUUUACUGCGUAGUGUGAUUUUAUUCCAUAAAAUCCCUGAUGAUUUUCUACACCAGGAGAUGUAUAUUUCUGUAAUUAUGAUUGUAAACCAAUUCUUCUGUUGUAUCGUGUUGUGUACAUAAGCUGAAACGUAAUGUAAAUAAGUCACCACCUGUAGAAAACAUUCUUACAAAGAAAUACUGACUGAAUAUGCGUGUGAAAUCUCAAUCUUACUGAAGUUGAAGGCACUGGCAGCUUGAGCUCUGUGGGAACCAGGAUUUUAUCCUUUACAGCUCCUGUUUUUCCAGCAUUAAUGGCUAUGGAUGAAUUCUAGAGGGGAUGCUUGAUGCUUGCAACAUCCACAUCCCCCACAGGGGCUGCAGACGGGUGGGGGCUGAUGUUGUUUUUUCAGGUCAUUCCCCAAAAAAACUGUGAAGAAUGCUUAGAGAGCAAUGUUGGAGGAAACAACGCCUUGCUCCGACUUUUCCUCUUGCAGCAGACACAGGAAGACAGAGCGCUGGAAAGGGGGUUCAGAUACCCUGGAAAGCUUGGUCUGCUCUAGCCCUUUGAUUAGGCGAUGUCUGGCAAGGUGCAUGCUGAUCUGUGUUUCUUGGUUUGUUUUAUGUGUUGCACAGGAGUGUUUCACAUGCAAUUUCUUUGGUGUAGAACUGAGCAUUUGGGAAAUU